AUGAGGAAUCCUAAAAAAAUUAAAAUCAUUUUAUUUGGGUUGAAAAAAUUUGAUGAAUAGAAUUAUUUUUUGGAUACUGAGGCCUUUAUUGAAAAGGAAAACCCACCAGAUUUUCCUUUGAAUUAAAUCGGAUCAAGUUAAGGAAUUAUUCUAUCAAGAUUAGAAAAUUAUGUUCAAAUCAAAACAAAAUAUCUAUUCUUAGGGAUAAAAGGAAAAUUUAUAUUUUGUAAGAGAAUUCAUCUAUAUGAAUAUAGCUUUUUAUAAUCCUAAUACUAAAACAUUUUAUGACUUGAAUAAAUUAUUAAAAGAUGAUUUAAAUUUUAUAUUUCUUAAUUUUGAAUUUUGUGAUGUGUAAAAACCAUUAUUGGUUAGAUUGUACUUGAAAAUUGAUAGAAUUUAAUUAAUUCAAUUAUAUUCGGAUUUAGAGAAAAAUAAGAAUAAGUUAUCUAAAUUAGAAUAAGAUAUAUAGAAAUUAUAUAUUAAUUUAGAAUAAGAUUCGCAAAUACUAAAAUAACUAAAUGAAGAAAUUAAAAUAAUCAAGGAUUAAGAUUAUUCUCAAAAUUAGAAAUCUGAAAUCGCUAUAUUAUAUAGUCAUCCAGUGGAAGUAGAUUAUGAACCUGUAAAAUUUAAUGAAGAGAUAAUAUAAUUUUUAAAUCUUAUGAAAAAACUAAAUAAAAAGAUUUCCUAUUAUAUUACACAAGCAACUAAACAUAAUUUACUUAAAGUUUUGAGGUAAAAUCCAAAAAUAAUAUAUAUUAUUUGUCAUGGAUGUUUCAUUGAUAAUACGUCUGAGACAUAUUUAGAAUAUGAGAAGGAUUUGGAGGAUAUUCCAAAUUUUUGUGAAGAGAAAGUAAAAGAAACAGAUUUUUCUUAAAUUUUGAAUUAGCCAUUAUUAAAAAGAGCAUUAGUUUUUUUAAGUUGUUGCCAUUCUGGAAAGAUGGCUGAAAUAUUUCAUGAUUAUGGCUAUCCAACUAUAGCAAUUAAAAAAAAUUUAAAAUUAGAAGAGAAAGCAGCAAAUUUAUAUUUCUAAUGCUUUUAUGAGAAAUUACUAUAGAAUUUAACUUUUAGAGAAUGCCAUGUAGAGGCUAGUAAGUAAGUUGAAAACGUUCUUGGGAAGGAUGACUACUAAAUUUGUAGAUCUCAUGAACAUAAUAAAAUGUGCCUAAAAUUGUUUAAAAAAUCAAAGUAUCUAGAUUUAAAAAAUCAACUAAUUGAAUUUCAAUAAAUGAGUCCUUGUUGUAAUCUAUAAUAAGAUAAAUUAUAACACAAACUUGAUGAUGAUCAAUGUGAAGUAAAGAAAAAGAUUUCAGAAUUUUUGGAAGAGUAGUUUCAAGAUAAAAAAAAUAAUUUUUUAGAAAGAUUAGAUUAAGUAGCAAAGUAAAAACAUGGCUUAUUAGAAAUAUGUUGCUGUGAAUUAGCAAGAAUAUUUUUUUUUAAUCCUGAUGAUUUUUAGGAUUAUUUAACAAAACCAUUAUUAGAAAUUGAGCACAGAUCAUCAAAGACAUUUAAGUUGUUUGGGGAUCAAAAUUAGAUGAUUUUUAAUUUUAUCGAUGAAGGCGAUUAAAUAUAAAAAAAUAAAGUUUAAUGGUAAGAGGAAGAUGUGGUUAAAAUUGAAGAAACAUAAUUUAUUCUUAAGAAAUUAUUGAAUAUAUUUUAAGAAAAAUAAAGCAGCAAAAUUAUUUUUGUCGCAUUCUCUGAUGAAAUAAAAGAUGUAGAUAAUAAAAUUCGGUUUCUUAAAUAAGUUUCGAAUUAUUUUAAAGUAAAUCAUUAAUCUAUAUUUUAGCAAAGAUAUAUUGAAUAAUCUAAAUUAUUAGACAUUAAAAUUAAAGUUAUUGAUAAUAUAUAAUAAAUAUCACAGUAUGAAGUAUAAGAAUUAAUUAAAUACAUAUUAAUUAUCAAAGAAAUCAAUUAAGAAUAAUGGGACAAAAACAAAUAAUUUUUAUUAAAUUUAAAACAUACUGCUAUAGUCCCUUAUAUUUAUGGUCAUUUGAAACCAGAUCCUUAAGAAAUAUACCCUAAAGAUUAAGAAAUAUAUAUAGUUUGA